AUGAUGAUCUUACUGUUAGCGCUUCUGAGUGCUGCAGCGGCAGCACCACUGGAUGAUAAGAUAGUUGGUGGUUAUGAGUGUACGCCUCACUCUCAGCCCUGGCAGGUCACUUUGAACAUCGGAUAUCAUUACUGUGGUGGUUCCCUCAUCAAUGAUCAGUGGGUCGUCUCUGCUGCUCACUGCUGGAUGGAUCCUUACAGUCAGAUAGUUAUCCUGGGUGAGCACCACAUCUGGGAGUAUGAAGGCACAGAGCAGUACAUGGCUGUGGAUGCCAUCUACUGGCACCAGAGCUAUGACUACCAGACGCUGGACUACGACAUCAUGCUGUUGAAGUUAGCCCAUCCUGUAACGGUAAAUGAGUUUGUGAAACCUGUAGCUCUGCCCACAACAUGCCCCACUCCAGGAGAAAUGUGUACGGUGUCCGGCUGGGGUAACAUCUAUUCAGACUCAGUGUUCAACCCAUUCCAACUCCAGUGUGUAAGGAUUCCUAUUGUCUCUCAAGAAGUGUGUGAGAACUCAUAUCCAGGACAGAUAACAAACAACAUGGUGUGUGCUGGUUAUCUGGAGGGAGGCAAGGAUGCCUGUCAGGGUGACUCUGGAGGUCCUCUGGUGUGUAACAAUGUGCUACAGGGUAUUGUAUCUUGGGGUUAUGGCUGUGCUCAACCUAAUUAUCCUGGUGUCUACACUAAAGUGUGUGCUCUGCUUCCAUGGAUCAAUGAGAUUCUGAACAGCUAUUAG